UUUCGCAAGACGCUACCGGCUCACCGGGCACUCCUCUCGUACGCAACCUCCCUGCCCUUCACCCCCCUCCCCCCGCGCGUGUGCGACGGCUUGUAGUACAUCGUCUGCCGUCGUGUAUUGACUGCAGUUCCUGACCUCCACGAUCAUCCACGUGUCUCUACAGCCGGAGAAAUCUUGCCGAACAUGAGCUCGUCCAAUUCAUCCGGCAACGGCCUCGCUGCCCUCAUUGCAGCUUCCACGCCGGCCAAAAGCAGCAGCAUCACUGCUGACAGCAAGAAAGAGCCGAGCAAGACGUUCGCGUCGCCCUCUUUCCUGUCGCCAGAGCCGGCACAGAAGCCGCAGAACAAGCUCACACUGAGCGGCCAGCCGACACGUAAGCUCAAGUCUGUCAAGCGUGUCCACGGCCUCUCUACGCCAUCCACACAGCUUAAGACACAGGAUAAGAAAAGCAAAAAGCUCAGCCUCAAGAUCAAACACAAGAAGAGCCUCUCCAAGGCCGCACGUGUGCUCGAGGACAUUUCCAACCGGACAAGCACCGACAAGCCGGCGUCCCACGAUCCUACCAGGAAGUUAGAGUUCCCUACUCCAGUCAAACACAUCAGCGACAAGAAGAAGACGCAAGAGGAGCCUGUAGAGAGCAGUAGCUCCUCUUCCAGCUCCGAGGAUGAAGGUUACUCCAGUGACGAGGCCGAAGUAACCUUCGACGCCGCCACUAUCGGCAACAUGCGUGUCGUUAGAGAGUCUCUAUCUCAAAGUCCCGCUCUAUCCACAGCCAGCUGCGCGUCUAUGCCUCCUUUGGGCCUCGAGUACCAGUUCUCCGUCUCCUCCACCGUCUCCUCCGUCGCUGUGGCUCCGAACGGCAAGUUUUUGGUCGUAGGCUUCUACAACGGCAUGGUCUAUCUGUAUCCUUUAACCAAGGACUCUCUAGUCUUCCGUCGUGGCGUCCUAUUGGACCAAAUCAUGCCUCGAGGCAUGUAUACUCAGAUAAUGGUGACUGUAUCCAUCCCGGAAGACGGCAAAUUCAUCUUCGCUGGAGUAUACCGCGGUUCAACGGAGAUUCGAGCGUUCGAAGUGGACAGCAUCACUCUCCCGUCUCCUAACGACAUGCAGCAGUCAAAUAACACUCAGGUAUUAACUGCAAACGACAGCGACGACAGUGGAGACGAGGAAGCGGCCAAUGCCUUCGGGUUACCGUCUGCCAAGUCCAUUUCGCACACGUAUUCGGACGCUAAGCUCAAGGGCUUCGCAGCAGCCAGGAGUUUCUACCAUAAAGGCAGCAAAAAGACGGAAUACCGGUUAUUAUGCGGUAUCGGCAUCAAGAACGUGCACAUGUGGCGAUUCUACCAGACCCGAGACUUGCAGUGGAGUUGGGAGUGUGUGUUCGACAAGCAGACCAACGGGAUCUCGCUGGAGUUCAUCACGUUCCAUCCUACCGUAAUUAACCAGUUUAUCUCCAAGUCGGAGCACCAGAAUGUGCGUAUCUGGCACUUGGAAGAAGACUAUGACGCUGCUAAGAACUCGGUGACGAUCCGUAAGAAAUCACACACGGAUGUGAAGCAGACGGUCGAUACGGUGGCUGUGUAUGGAGACUACGCGUACGGAGGCAGCGAAUCUCUUGCAGUCAUUGAUCUCCAGUCUGCUAGUCGUAUGGAUCUGGACUUGCCGCUGUCUGCCAAGGAACAACGAGCCCAACGUGAAGCUUUACUCACGUCUAGGAACGCGAAUUCAUUGCGUGCGUGGAACCCGCGUGGAAGCCGUCGACGUACUGAAGACACGCAGCGUCAUAUGCGCACUGUGAGUAAAGUGGCUGGACAGGAUAAGGCGCCGUUUACGGUGGGUAUGUGCAGCGACGGCAGUGUGUUCUUCCAUCAGCCCAAGAAGGAGACUGGGAUCGCUACGCCUCUGGACUAUAUCGAAGGCUACGAGAAGUUCUUUGUGGACCCGUCGCUGGACUUCCAAGCGCAGUUUUCGGACCUUACACGAGUGAAUACGAGCGGGUUAUUGGCGGUGCUUCCUCUUCCAGAGACGGAGAAGGACAAGUGGAUGGUGGUGGCUGCGAAUCAGGACCAGCUUCUUGUACGCAGCUUAGACGCCUUCUUACACCGUAACCAACAGGAUAAGGAGUACUCACAGGUGAAGAGCGACCUAAGGAAUGUGAUGCGGGAUCUCGGCGCAAGCUCCGAUAGCGACAGCGACUCGGACGAUGAGAAGGACAAGCAACGGCUUCAGAAGCGUACGAAGCCUCAGGAUACAGGACGCAAGGUUAAGCGCAGUCGACUGGAGAGUGAGAAGGCGUCGAAGGAGGCUGGAGAGAAGAGGAAGACGUUGCAGAAGAAGCCCAAGCUGAAGCAGGUUACUGAACAGGAGAAGCCCAGCGACAGGAUAACGACUCCGAAGCGCAGCAAGACGUCAACUAGCACAGCGUCAACUAGCACAGCGUCGCCGGUGGUGUCGAUCUCGUCGUGUUCAGGCUCUUCGAACCCCAACACUCCCGAGCAGGCCAAGUUAUCUAGAGCGGAGAGACAGCUGCUGGCGUUAAAGGAGCUGCAGUGGACUCCGCCCAGGACGGACAACCAGGAAGAACUCACGGAUGCAGCGGCGUUGUUGACGCAGCUCAGCUCGACCGCUACCCAGACGAAGAAUGCCGCUAAGAAGGCCAUACACAGGAUAAAGGCGCAAGCUCUAUUCGCCGACAUCGACAGCACUGAAGACACCAAACCGAUCAACAAGCCUGCAGCUAAAGUUACUAAGCGUGGCCGGAAGAAAUCGCAGGAACAAGCUGCGUCUGAAGAGCCACAGAUUGAGGAAGAGAACCAAGUGGAGCUUGAGAAAGACGAAUUGGACGAGGAACUGGAGCAGCUGGAACAGUACGAGCCAGAGUUCGUGUCUGUGCCGUUCCUUAGUGACAACGGCUCUCUCUUGGCUGCGACCAUGUACCAGUACGCUUCGACUUCAGCGAGCAGUACUGACGUCACGAUGAUGGACGACGUUGAGGCGGAUUGUACUGCAGCGGCUACCGAACAGACUAACCUGCUUAUGCAGUUUUCGCACCAGAACGAGCGGCUUAAGAUGAAUUUCCUAGCAGAACGCGAGCGGAUCUACAAGCAUCCGGACUGCUGUGCGUCGCACGCGAAGAGAUCGAGUUCGACGGGCAUGAACUGGCGUCGGAAUGUGGCGCACGACUAUCUUAAGCGCAAGCAGCUUAAGCGACGGCAUAAGAAGCAGCUCGCGGCUAAACUGCAACAGCUGCACGCCAGCUACGCCGUGCAGAUCCAGGAGCUGUACGCUAUGCAGCAAAUGCAGGCCAACGCCUUCCGCGCGCGUCAGCAGUUCCAGCACCUGCACGCGCAGAUCCGUCGCCAAACCAGCAAAGCGCCGUCGUCUCCGUCCACUGUCACGUCCCCCAUUAAGCACUCGACCAUGCCCGACCACCUCUCAAGUGCCGUCUUCCCUUAUCCGGACCUCUUAUCCUGAAUGUACAGCUUAAGUCAUGUAUGAUAGGAUAGGAUAAAAAAACACGUUAGGAAUUAAACGUCAUGUACAGCAUAAAGCAAAUUAGCAGAAAUCUUAGUGAAUCUUAUCUCAGGUUUGACAGGUU